AGCCAGGUGACUCCUGGAUGCCCGCUCUGGCCCCGCCCCGCCCCGCCCCCAGGCCUCGCUGUCGCUGCGGACGCCGUUCUUGCGCCUGGAGUCGCCAUUUUGCUCCAAAGAAGAGACGCCGUCUGGAGGCCCUCGCUUUCUUCCUUCGGCAGCGGAGGCUGCGGCUGGGCCAGGGCUGGGGUCAGGACCAGGAGGAAUUUUGUUGUCAGAGAAUAACAGGAGGUUGUCCAUAAUUGACUUUAAGCAGCAAACAGUAAAACACUGAGCUCUUCAGCUCCACCUUUCUUGCUCUGAGAAUUGGAACAUCAAGAAGGUUUUGAUGUUUUGUGUGGCGCCAUCUGAAUUAGAAACCAAGAUGAAUGUAACCAAAGGAGGUCUGGUUUUGUUUUCAGCAAAUUCCAAUUCAUCAUGUAUGGAACUUUCAAAGAAGAUUGCUGAGCGGCUGGGGGUGGAGAUGGGCAAAGUGCAGGUAUACCAGGAACCUAACAGAGAAACAAGAGUACAGAUUCAAGAGUCUGUGAGGGGAAAAGAUGUUUUCAUUAUCCAGACCGUCUCAAAGGAUGUGAAUACCACCAUCAUGGAGCUCCUGAUCAUGGUGUAUGCCUGUAAGACCUCUUGUGCCAAGAGCAUCAUUGGUGUGAUCCCCUACUUCCCUUACAGCAAACAGUGCAAGAUGAGAAAAAGAGGUUCUAUCGUCUCUAAACUGCUGGCUUCCAUGAUGUGCAAAGCUGGUUUGACUCAUCUCAUUACUAUGGAUUUACACCAGAAGGAAAUUCAGGGCUUCUUCAAUAUUCCUGUUGAUAAUUUAAGAGCAUCUCCCUUCCUAUUACAGUAUAUUCAAGAAGAGAUCCCAGACUAUAGGAAUGCAGUCAUCGUGGCCAAGUCUCCAGCCUCAGCCAAGAGGGCACAGUCUUUCGCAGAGCGCCUGCGCCUAGGAAUCGCUGUGAUUCACGGAGAAGCACAGGAUGCCGAGUCAGACUUGGUGGAUGGUCGGCACUCCCCACCCAUGGUCAGGAAUGUAGCUGCCAUCCACCCCAGCCUGGAGAUCCCCAUGCUGAUUCCUAAAGAAAAGCCCCCAAUCACAGUGGUUGGUGAUGUUGGAGGAAGGAUCGCCAUCAUUGUGGAUGACAUCAUCGAUGACGUUGACAGCUUUCUUGCUGCAGCAGAGACCCUGAAGGAAAGGGGCGCGUAUAAGAUCUUUGUGAUGGCAACUCAUGGCUUGUUAUCUUCUGAUGCUCCCCGGCUAAUUGAGGAGUCUGCCAUUGAUGAGGUGGUGGUGACCAAUACAAUCCCACAUGAAAUCCAGAAGCUUCAGUGCCCCAAGAUCAAAACUGUGGACAUCAGCAUGAUCCUUUCAGAAGCCAUCCGUCGCAUUCACAAUGGGGAGUCUAUGUCCUACCUUUUCAGAAAUAUAGGCUUAGAUGACUAAACAGCUUUCUUUUUGUAAAACUGCCAAGGGCCAAACUGGAAGCCUGGGCAGGCGGGCUGAGGGUCGUGCCCAACUGGAUAUACUUGACAGGAGCCAAUGUGUUUCUUUCCUUCCCUUUCCCCGACCCUCUCUUCUUGCUGAUUCCUAGGAAGACAGACCAACUUUUUAUGUCAGUUUGGGUAUUUGUGAAAUUGGGGCAUUUUUUAUAAAAGAAAAACUUUAUUCUCCUCUUAAAUAAAUAAGUUAAGACCUGAUUGAUUUUAGUUUAACUAUUUUUUAAAUCGCACUUGGAGUAAGAUUUUUAAGCUCAUAGCCUUUUUCCAGAGUUGCUUGAGCCAAGUGUUUGGAUGGAUUAAUGAAAUGAUCUACGUCUAACACCUGCAGUCAGAAGGCCAAAAGGAAUAUACGGUUGUUCCAGUAAAUGAUGUUUUCAGAAAUGCUUGUCAAGACGAGCAUAUGGACUAUGUGGUCAUAUUUAUUUUCUGCAACAAAACAAGGAAUAAAACUUUGUGUUUUGUGUGUUUUU